CAUUUUCUACGACCAAAAUGACUCCUCCGAUCAAGAAGAACAAAACGCGCUCGUCCCGAGCUGGUCUCCAGUUCCCAGUUGGGAGGAUACACAAGAUCUUACGGAAGGGGAACUUCGCCCCUCGAAUCGGGAGCGGAGCCCCCAUCUACUUGGCAGCAGCAUUGGAAUAUUUAGCAGCAGAAAUACUGGAGCUGGCAGCAGACGCGGCAAGAGACACGAAGAAAAGCAGGGUGGUGCCUCGCCACAUCCUGUUCGCGAUCAGAAAUGAUGAGGAGCUGAAUCGGAUGCUGUCAGGAGUCACCAUCUCGCAAGGAGGAGUCGUACCAUCGAUCCAGCCGGUGCUGCUGCCCAAGAAAACCAUGAAGUCGAGUUAGAGAAGAUCACGAAGACAAGAAUGAGAUUUCAGAUUACAAUCAAGGAGAUUUUAAAUCAAGAUGAUUGAUUAUUUUCAAUCAAGAUGAUUGGGUGAUUAUUUUUGAUGACGGUCGAAUAAAUGACCUGAUUGACAAAGUCCUUUUCAGGACUGCA